CUUUCCCAAAACAGUGGUCAUUUUCUUUUUCGAAUUCUAUUUGAUAUUUUGAGGUUAAUUUAGCCCCUCUGUUAUUUAGUUGAGUUUAUUCUAGUUUUUUGAUUUCGGAUUUAUGUUAAUAAUGACUGAUCUUGGGGAGAUCAGUUAUUCUGCAAAAAAAACAGCUGUGAAGAAGGCUGCUGAAGAAGUUACCCAAGCACUCAAUACUAUUUCUGAUAUAUUUAAGAAUUUCCAAGACGACUAUGUAGCCCUGCUCAACGACAAUGAGAAUCUUCGUUCCCUCCUGAGGAAGUCCUCACCCCCUAACCCACAAGCCAUCUCAAAAAUUCUCCAAGAAUCCCCCAAGAAAGUGCCCUCGUCAACGCCUCAUGUGGCUUCUCCAGUAAUUCUCUCCCAAGAGAAUGAUCCAGAGAUCCCAGAAGUAGUGGAAACGACUCAAUUCCCCAUGAAGGCUCGAACCACCCCCUCAACAGCCCAAAGAUGCCAUCCCAAAAAGCUCCUCUUCCCCUCCUCCAAGAACCUGCCCACUGAUCCCAGCACCUCAGGAACUCCACGAAGGCCGCAGGCUUCGUCCAAGAUCCUCUCCCUCAGCAAGAAGAACGUUCAGACAUGGAUAAACUCAUCGGGGAAAGUGGAGAAACAAACAAAACUCGUGCUCCAACCCCUCAGCCAGAAGACAGACAUCAAUACCAUCAAGAACACCUCGCGAAGCACUACAAAUGUUGACCCUCGUGACCUGGAGAUCGACGAGACAAUGUUUGAGAAGGCAUUCACUCAGGAGAGAGCAGAAGUGAUUGACCUGAGUCCAAAACACGAUAAUUUACGGAAAAAAGGGAGAUUGCGAUUGAAGUCGAAAGUAGAGAGUCUCCCUCAAGCUAAACCCCAGUCAUCGCACGACGACAUUGUCCUGUCUGACUUUGAAAUGGAGGACAUGGAGCCAUCUCUUACCCAGAUAGAGCAGGACGCCAUCACACAGAACAGGAAGAGAGAAAAAAUCCAGAAGGAGAAAAUCCUGGAGAAGGAGAACAACAAAGGGUGGCCUGACUCACCCGUUCUAGUGAAUGCCAUCACCUUGGAUAAUGGAAUGGAGACCAGGAGUGAUCUUGAUGAGACCUAUUUUCCAAGAGGGGAAACCAGCUCUAGGGGAAGACAGGGGGAGAGUGUAACCAAAAGGAAAUUACAGGAAAACAAUGGACUAGUUAACAGGCCAAGAGAUAAACUAUUUGAUAUGGAUGUCGAUGGGGACUGGGACACAGACGUCUCCAUGGACAAGUGGACGAGUUCACCCUCUAAGAACUUGAUGGACAGUUUCGAUGCUGUUCCUGAGAAGAAGAACCCUAAUUUUGCAUACAAGGGGCCUGUGGUCAGGGGCAAGAGCGAGAGGGCGAAGCUGAAGGGUUGGAGCUGCAAGGAUUGCCAGGCUUAUUACGAGAAUAUGAACCUCACGGAGGAGGAGAUGAAGAAGAGGAUGGACCAGUGCUCCAGGCACAGGUCCAAGUACAAUGAAAGGUAUAAUACACCCCCUGGAUUCUGGAAUCCUGUGUUUGAUAAUACACCUCCCAGUCAGCAAACUAUUCGUCAUUAAUUGUUUUUGAGAUUUUUGACUGAUUGACUGAUAAUGUUUGUUUAAUUUGGGAGAAGUGAAGAUUUGAGAAUUUUCGAAUAUUUUUGGUUGCAGAAGGCAAGUUUUUUGUAAAUACAGUGAGAGGGUUUAUUAUUAAAUAUAAGUUUAUGUAAAAUACUGAAGUGAACGUGGGGAACUAAAUCUUCCAUAAUAUUCACUGAAUGGAUGUAAUGUUCAUUAUUGCUUCAAAUCGAUAACAUAUGAAUUAUUAAUUACAAAAUAAGGAAGAUACAAGGAAUUCCUGUACAUAUUCACACUUUGUUAUCUAAUGUUAACGAACUUUCUUUAUUUUCGCUAUUGAAUUUUUUGUAAAUAAAUAGUUAAUAACGAUUUGGAUAAGAAACCACAACAGGAGUAGAGAAUUCAACAGGGGAAAUUUCUCCAAUCAAUUAACUAAUUAAUUCUGUGAAUUGAAAAUGUGUCAAUUACUAAUCUGUUAAGAGACAGAUUUCUCUCGUGGGAAUUUUCAUUAUUUGUUAAAUGAAAAUUUUAAA